AUGCUUCGUCUCCCGGCUGAAACCUCGGACAAGCUCUCAAAGUCGUCCUACCGCGCGCAGCGUGAACUCGAGGCUGCCCGUAAGGCAGGAACAGCUGCGCCAGCAGUCGACGCCGACGGCAAGGCCAUCAACCCUCAUAUCCCGGACUACAUCUCCAAAGCACCAUGGUAUGCCGAUCUUGGCUCGGGACCAUCCCUGUCCCACCAGCGCCGAGAGGAGAAGAAAAAGGAGGGCAUCGAUGAGUGGUAUGACCGUGGAGCGACUGCCGGACCGGCAGCGACCAAGUUCCGCAAGGGGGCCUGCGAGAACUGCGGUGCCAUGACGCACAAGCGGAAGGACUGCGUCGAGCGCCCGAGGAAGCGAGGAGCAAAGUUCAGCGGCAAGGACAUUCGCGCCGACGAGGUGAUCCAGAGCGUGUCGCGCGCGUACGAUGCCAAGCGCGACAGGUGGAACGGCUACGACCCGGCACAGUACAAGAACGUCGUGGACGACUACGAGGCUGCCGAGGAGGCGCGGCGCAAGUUCCGCGAGGAGGAGAUUGAUGCGCAGACGUCGACCGACAUGGCCGCUGUCAAGAAGAUCGCCAAGGCCAAGCAGCCCGACGACGACGAGUUCGGUUCGUCCGACGAAGACGAGGAGGACGAGGACAAGUACGCCGAUGCUGCCGACCAGGUCGGCCAGAAGCUCGACACCAAGACGCGUAUCACCGUGCGUAACCUGCGUAUCCGUGAAGACACGGCCAAGUACCUACUCAACUUGGACCCCGAGUCGGCGUACUACGACCCCAAGACGCGUUCGAUGCGUGACGCGCCCGAGGUCGGCGUCGCGCCGGAAGACAUGAAGUUUGCAGGCGACAACUUCUCGCGGUUCUCGGGCGAGGCGACCAACAUGCAGAAGCUGCAGCUGUUCGCGUGGCAGUCAGCCGCGCGCGGCCACAACGUCAACGUGCACUCCAACCCCACUGCUGGAGAACUGCUCCACCGAGAGUUCAACCAGAAGAAGGACGUCCUCAAGGACACGGGACGGCAGUCGGUCCUGGAGAAGUACGGUGGCGAGGAGCAUCUCGAGCGUCUCCCAGAGGAGCUGUUGGGCGGCCAGACGGAGCGAUACGUGGAGUACUCGCGUACUGGUCAGAUCCUCAGGGGUCAGGAGCAGGCCAAGGUGCGCUCGAAGUAUGCCGAGGACGUGUACAUCAACAACCACACGUCGGUGUGGGGCUCGUGGUUCGACCGCGACUCGAGCAAGUGGGGUUUCGCGUGCUGUCACUCGAUCAUCUCGGGAUCGUACUGUACCGGCGAAGCAGGCAAGGUCGCAAACCAUGCGUCAUCGGCAGGUCAGCUUCUCGCUACCGCUUCCGAAGAGCCCGAGGAGCAGGCCGAGUCCAAGUCGCUGGUGGAGAUGCACCGCGAGAAGCUCGAGAAGAGCAAGCAGGAGGCCGAGGAGAAUCCCAGCGACCGCAGGAGCAAGGGCAAGAACAAGGAGUCGGCCACGCCAUGGGGAGACACCGAGCUCCCCGACCUCGACCGGCAGCGACUCAAGCGCGCCAUGGACGAGGAGAAGAAGCGCAAGGCCAUGGACGAGGACGAGGCGUGGCAGCACACCAAGAAGAGCAAGACCGACGUCACGGAGGAAGACAUGGAGGCAUACCGUCUCUCCAAGCAGGCGUACGACGACCCAAUGGCAAACUACAAGGACCCGGAGGAGGACUGA